AGGACCCAUUUGCCUUCUAGGUCUAGCCAAGGCCGGCGCGAUGUAUGCUGUACACACGUACAUGUAUACGCUCCAGUGGGAUUUUUAGCGCACCCUGCUGAUUUCGCUUCCUCUUGCUAACACAGUAACAGUAUCACAUCAGUCGCCCCCUGCACAGACUGUGUCACUUGCAUCGGUGCAGGAUGCAAAGUCUUUUUCUCAGAGCCUCAGCUGCAGACGUAAAAUUUAGCGGGGAAGGCUUUUCUUCGCCUUCCAGGUGAUUUACAGUCCUUCAUUCAUCGCUCAUCUAGGACAAGUCAUUCGGGGCAGAGGGUACCGAAGCACACGCUUGUGCUAGUGGAGGCGCUAGCUAUGGAGGAGGAAGUGGCCAAGCUGCUGGGCAUUGUCACAUCGCGCUGCCCGUGCCAUUGCCUGGCGGAGUACGAGAGGCAGCGGCGCAAUCGACCGCUAGAAGUGGACGGGCGAGUUCAGCAGCAUGACAAAUCACCGGACACGGAGCCAAGGCAUGUGCAGACAUUGUUUCUCGUGCCCUACGCGGAGGAGGCCGACGCUGACUGGCAGACAGCGAAUGGUGAUGGUGCGGCGUCGCACAGUAGUUGUCAUGCCUAUGAUGUCAGUGCGUAUCAGGUGGUCACAGCGGAUGCAAGCUGCAACGGCACGCAGCCGUGCACUGCAUCCUAUGCGGAGAUCGAAGCAGCUGGACUGUCUCAUGCCGUCCACGAAUCCCUAGAGGAACAACUUACGACGCUUGAUUCUCUCCGCAAGAACGGCGAUCCACUUUGCUUGCACCUCCGUCAAGAUCUCGGUGGGCGCGCUGUAUGCCGCGUUGUGCCCGGAGUGGCGAGCGCGGCGCAAACCGGUCGGCCGGAUUUGCUUAUCUUGGAAGUGUUCAGUACAUCCCCUGAGUCUGACAUCCAGAGUUGUUCCCCGCUGCCAACCAUUCCCGGCGCACUGUUGCAAGUUACCAGCACCGCCAUAGGCAAUCUGGAGCGGCAGCAGAGGCUGCACGAUGAAGCGAACCGCUGGAAGAUUCUGCUGUCCGUACAGGACACGGAGGAAGAUGCGAGCGGCAAGCUGUCCAAGCUUUGUCAGUCGUGCCUAAGGCUGGCCCAGGCUAACGGUGUUGUGCUGACGUGGUGCUGUGCGGGGGCUAGCGACAAUGCCAAGGUCUUGUAUCAGGCUACAUUGGACACAGGGAGCAGUAGGCAUCUGGCGGAAACUGAUGCGACGUGUGAUGAUGAGUCAGCAGCAGGAGUGUGCAAGGUGACUGUUCUCGGACCUGCAGUAGCACAGGGGCAGUUUCAACUUCGUCUUGUCAAGAACCCGGGUGAGGCCUUUUCAACACGCACACUGUCAAGUGUUGGCUGGAUUCUCAAGAAGAGUCAGAAGAUUCUGGAAGCAGGCCUGAUUGCACGCACCGCAGCAGCUACGACUAGUACCAGCCUGGUGCCAAGGCAAAGUUCUUUCGAGGUGCUUCUGGAGAUGCAGGAUAUUGUCCAAGAAGUACGCAAUGAAGGCGAGGAACUGUCCAGUACGCUGCACAAGCUGGUCUCCAGGGCUGUACAUCGUACACGAUCGGAGAGCGCACACCUGUUCGUCGUGAAGGACAACGCUGCCUCUACGGCUAAGCUGCUGGAGGCCAGUGUCAGCAUCAGCAGCGUGGAAGUGGACACCGCAGACAAGGUCAGUGUAAACAAGAAGCCACUGCAGUUACCAGUUGGCCAAGGCAUAGCUGCUGCAUCUCUUAGGCUCGAUACAACACUGAACAUUACUCAAGCGUCCCGUAGCCCUCAUUUCAGCCCCGACGUAGACAACAGCUACUGUGUCAGUGAUGCCGAGCAGCGGAGAGUGCUGUGCAUGCCGGUGCGACGUCACAAUGAUGUACUCGGUGUUCUACAGCUUUGCCGCAGCAGCAGCAGCAAUGCUCCCUAUUCCACAGUGGAUGAGGAUGUUGCGCGCAUCUGCUCAUUACACUGUUCUUCGGCUAUCAGUCAGCAAUCACUGUACAAGGAUUUGAUGGUGGCAGAGAACAGGAGCAACCUGCUCACCGAGCUCAUGCUGUUCCACAUGCAGGUCCCUGAUUCAGAGUUACUGCCCUAUAUACAACAGCCUGCCUGGAGUCUUAGCGACCUAGAUGCUAAGCUACACAUCAGUAGUUUCACCUUCACCGGCAUGGACAUGGAGGAGUCCGAGACUGUCCAGGCUAUGCUCGGCAUGUUUGAGGAAAUGCAACUCUGUCAACGCUGGAAAAUACCCAAGGAGAAGCUUUGCCGAUUUGUACUGACUGUACAGCGUGGUUACCGGGAUCCUCCGUAUCAUAACUGGCGCCAUGCCGUGUCAGUUGCACACUUCUGCUUCUAUCUAUGGAAGAAGACUGACCAUCUGAAACCGCUCACUGACCUGGAGGUGCUGGCGUUGUUUGUGGCGUGUCUUUGCCAUGACAUUGACCACCGCGGAACAACCAACAACUUUCAGCAGACAGCUGGUUCAGCCCUGGCAUCUCUGUACUUUUCUCAAGGUUCUGUGAUGGAGAGGCAUCACUUUGCCCAGACGAUGUGUAUCCUCAGUGACAAGCGGUGUAACAUCUUCUCCGAGCUCAGUGAAAAGGAUUGUCAGGCAGUAACAGACCUCAUCUAUGAGAUCAUACUGGACACGGACAUUAGUCGGCAUCUGGCGGUGCGCAAGAAGCCCAUUUUGCAACUUGCUGAAGGUGGUGCGACGGCUGUGGAGAGUGAGAAUGCGUCGCAUAGAUCGCUGCUGCUUGCGCUGGCAGUCAGUGCCAGUGACCUGAACUCGGGGACCAAGAACUGGCUGGAUGCACAGUAUUACGCAGAACGACUUUACGCCGAGUUCUUCAACCAAGGUGAAAUGGAGCGUGCCCUGGCUUCACAGCCUGGCAAGAUGAUGAACCGUGAUCUUGCUUGCAUUCCAGAGGAGCAAAUUGGCUUCAUCAGCUUCAUUGCCCAGCCUGUGUUUGAAUCGCUGGCGGCCCUCUUCCCGGAAACCCAGGAGGUGCUCGACCGUGUCAUGGAGAACUAUGACAACUGGCAGCGCGUCAAGGAAGACUUCUGGCAGAAGUCACCGGUUAAGGAAGGUUUCAGUACGGUGCAGGCACCUACACCGCCGACACAAGCCAGCGUGACCGGCACAUCACCGUUAGCAACGGUAACAGCUGCAGCCCAAGCACCCACAACUGUACAGGCACCCGUGGUACAGGCUUCCAUCAAUCACACACUGAGCAGCAGCAGCAGCGGAGCAUCUACACACAACACGGUGGUGGUGCCCCCACCGGCUGACGACGAGCCAGGCCGAAAGAAGUCCUCGUUCGGCCGUCGUGCCCGGAAGACCGGCAGUGCUACCAGUGUCGGUCCUGCUGCUACUGGUGCUAGUGUGGCCGGUGUAGCUGGGAAUGUAUCCCCAGCCCAGCCACCGGCCACCAGACGCCAGAGGCCAUCGAGUCGUCACAGCGUAGCGCAUCUUGCUCACCGACGCAAGGACAGCAUUCUGCAGGCGGCCAGCGCUGCUAAGCGGCAUGCGUCUCACCAACGCUCCGUCUCGGUGGCCCAUCACCCAGGCGGCGAGGUGCAGGCCACCUCGUACAUAUCCGGUCCCAGCGGUCUCCUAGUUCUGCCGUCGUACACGAGUCGCAAGUACUCUGCCAGCGUGGGGGUGACCGACAUUGAGCGAAUGCUCGACUGGCAAGCCCCGGUGUCGGUCAGUCGUCGCUUUUCCAGCACGCCGCUGCGGAGUAAGCCGAGUAACGCUCCGGAGCUUGCUUUACAUCGUCUUGGCGAUGACACCACACUGCGUCGAAGCCUAGCCGAGCGCAUGGAGAAGAUUACACCGGAAACAACACAGUCCCCCGUCUUAACAGGCCACGAGACAAUGGACGAGGAUGCGGCAGGCCAAGCGUUGAAGCAAGGCAUCACCGAAAAGGAUGGCCCUCGCCCCGGAAAACCAGGCAAGAUGUCCUUCUCUCGCACGUCUGUAGGCUCGACUUCGUCGUCAGAGGUCACCGCCAGAUCAUCACAAUCCUCACGAGGUGAUGCCGACCUACAGUCUGAAGAAGACUCGCAGGACACCGAACACAAUUCCUCAUCUAGCGAUGCAGUCAACAUGUCAGGAAGCAACGGCCAAGGGACAACACGCUCCAACCAGCGUCGACGCAAGCAAGGCAGUCACAACGCACACUUCUACAGCAAACAGCGGCUGGAGGUGGCUGCUUCGCCUUGCAAGCAAAUCCUUUCAAAGUGGUUUGGCAAUGCGUCGCGAAGUGAUCCCGGUCCCAGCCCCGACCUGAGGGCCCAAGUCUCCGGCGAGUCUCUACGACGACCAUCGGAGCCAGCCAGGUUUUAGGCGGAUCGCAUUGAUUCGCCACACGCUGUGUCUUAGUCGCACUGCUUGAGUAAGUCGUGUCUGUGCUUGUGUGUGUGUGUGUGUAUGUGUGCGUGCACGCUUGUGUCAGUGUGGCAGAGCGCGCCCAGUGUCUUGGGCGGAUAUUUGGUCUCCUUUUGGCACUCUUUUUCGCGCGGUCUUCCCAAGACGGCAAUAUUUGCCUCUUGUUCUAGCUUUCCGUGUGCAUCAAAUUAUUCCCAGGGAUUAUAUUUAUCUGUUUUUGUUCGUACUGAUCUUGCGUAAUUGCGGUCAGCGAAUCUUCAGAAGCAGUGUCUUCUAAGAUACGCACGGUAUUACGAGCGUGGGAAGAUUGAAUAGCAAACGAACAGCAAUGCAUGCCUGCCAAUUCGCCGGUGCAAAGUAUUGUUUUGUAUUAUCUAUAUAGUAUAUAUAUACGUCAUGUGUAUGGGUAUGUCUACCCCCCCCCCCCCCCCUCCACACCUCACACCUCGCUCACUUACCAUUCAACAGCUUGUAAGGCUGAUGAAUUGACCGCCACUAAUUUUAGCCUGAUAUCCACCACACAGCUGAUUGAACUGGCUUUUUCUGGCCAGUGAAUCCCUAUUUUUUCAUUUUUUUCCAUUUUUUCCCUCCACACACACCCACACGCGCACACACAUAUCAAAUCACAUGCGGCUCACGGUGACCGGAGGUGCGUGUUCUUUGGGCUAGUGCCUGUGGCUCUUCAGUUCCUGCGCUUCACGUGUUUGAGGAUGAUCUAUACAAGUAUUUUAUUAUUGUUAGCUGUAGUUUUUGUUCAUUUCUUACUGGUUCCAAUCAUCUUGUGAAGACAGAAUUCUAUUAUUAUAGUUACUCGAUAUGAAUAAGGACAAAGUGACGAAUGUUGCGGCUUGUUUCUGUCAAGUAAAAGUUCAUACAAGCCACCAUGAGGUAGUGAGGGUGGCUGCCGGCCUGGUGGUUGAUUUUUAGCAUGAAACGUUUUGUAGCAGCAACGUUCGUCAGGCUGUCUUUUUUCUCUUGUACUAAAGAACACGCUCUGCCACCAUAUAUAGGCAUCUAGCACUCUGAGCAGAUAAGGAAUUACGAGAUUUGAUUAUAGCGAUUUGCAUAUUAUUAUUAUUAUUUGACCGACAAGUGUACAGUCAUGUUUAUUUUCCUGCUUUAAGUUAAUUAACCGUGCAGCACGAAUUCUAUUUCCAAUAGAGAAUUAUGCUAUGUUUUUUCUUUCUUUCUUCUUCUUUUCUUACGUCUCCUUGCAAGUUCAAUGCAGCUAUUA